AUGCUGCUUCCCUUGUUGAUAUACGCAGUCCCCAUCCUCUUCAUAUUAUAUCUCCUCAAAGAUUACUUCUCUCUGUCCUCAAUCCCUGGGCCUUUCGCGGCACGCCUCUCCGAUAUCUAUCGCCUCCUCCUUGUCUACAACCGCAAUGCCCACGAGAAACAUCUCAUGCUCCACAAACAUUAUGGGAACCUUGUCCGCCUGGGGCCCAAGUGCAUCUCCAUUUCAGGGUCGCAGAGUUACAUUCCCCAGAUCUACGGGAUCGGCAAAGGUCUUGUGAAAUCCGACUUUUACAGUUGCUUUCAGAAUAUUGUGAAUGGACGUCGAGCGGCCAGCCUUGUGGCUAUGACAGAUGAAAGCCAGCACGCAAGAUCCAAAAGGUUGAUUGCUCAUGCGUAUUCGCUCAGCACGCUGGUAGAGUAUGAAGAACUGGUUGACCGCACGACGGAUGUGUUUCUCCUCACCCUGGAGGAACAAUUUGCCUGCACUUCGCGUUCGCAGGGAUGUGUGCUUGACCUGGGACGCUAUCUACAGUUCUUUGCUUUCGAUGUGAUCGGAGAGCUCACUUUCAGCCGGCGCUUGGGAUUCAUUGAAUCUGGUAUUGAUGCCGACAACAUUAUCGACGCCAUUGGGGCGAAUUUCUCCUAUUUCAGUGUCCUCGGUCAAAUGCCUUGGCUGGACGAAGCAGUGCUAGGGAAGAACCCCCUAUACGUGAGAUAUUUCCGGAAGAGUGUCAGUUCACCAAUCCUAUUGUUUGCUCAACGAUUACUUAAGGAGCGACUGGCGGACUUGGAGGAAGGGGGUGCAGAGAAUAAGACCGACAAGUUAAACAAACCAGAUUUCCUCAGCCGGUUUUUGAAAACCCGGAAUGAUGGCACCGAGGGAGAUGAGGCGUUGACAGACGCUCAGAUUCUAUCCAAUUUAUUUAUGAAUAUCAACGCCGGAAGCGACACGAUUGCGUCGACUCUACGAGCCAUCUUCUACCAUCUCCUCAAAAAUCCUGGCUCGCUCUCGCUCUUGACCGCCGAGCUGGACUCAGCUGCAGCACAGAAGAAAAUCUCCAGCCCAUCCCCAACGUGGAACGAAACCCAGCAAUACCUUCCCUACCUUUGUGCUGUGGUGAAAGAAGGCCUCAGGCUGAAUCCAGCCUUGUCCUUGCCACUUGAGCGCGUCGUUCCGAGAGAAGGUUUGACGUUACAGCAUGAAGACGGCACCCAUACCUUCCUUCCUGAAGGCACUGUCGUGGGUAUGAACCCGUGGGUCUUCCACCGUAGCCCACAUGUCUUCGGCUCCGACGCGGAGACGUGGAACCCCAGUCGUUGGCUCAGCAGGAAAGAAAAGGAAACCAAGAAUAUGGAACACAGUCUCCUCUCGUUCGGUGCCGGGAAGAGGUCCUGUUUGGGCAAGAACAUUGCAAUGCUGGAGCUGCACAAGCUUGUUCCCGCGCUGCUCAUGAAGUUCAAGAUUCAGCUGGAUGACCCUAAGCGGGAAUGGGAAGUAAGCAAUGCCUGGGUGUUGAAUCAAACGGGGUUGAAUGUCAGGUUGGCGCUGCGGUAA